UCUCUUUCCCCGUCAUCCUUCGUAGCAUUCACAAAAGGCUUUACAUGUUGCAGGGCUAAUUCACUAGCUUGGCAUAUUUUCAUAACUCCAGCUAAGGCGGAUAACUGCACCGAACUGGACGACGUCCUCAUGAAGUACUACCUCUGCCCGGUGUACGCCCUGGAGUUUACCUUGGGUUUCCUGGGCAACCUAGUGGUCGUCCUGGGUUACCCGCUGUGCCUGCAGGAAUGGCGGAGUACCAACGUCUACCUGUACAACCUGGCGGUGUCCGACAUCAUCUGUGUGUGCGCUCUGCCGCGCCUCUCCUACCUGUACGCCAACAACAUGGAAGAAACAUCUAUGGUUAACUGUGUGCUCAACCGCUACAUCCUCUUCGUCAACAUGUACGCCAGCGUCCUCUUCAUGGCUCUGGUCAGUCUGGACCGCUACCUGCUGCUCUGCCACCCUGCCCGCGACCACGUCCUCCUGACACCACGCAUGGCCAUCUGCAUCUCCAUCCUCACCUGGCUCCUCGUCAACCUUGAGAUGACCCCUCUGGUCUACUACGCCAUCAAGGACAACGCCCGCUGGAACGGCACCGUGUGUCACGACUUUGCCAGCCUCUCGAGGUCCUGGGACUUCCUGGGCUACAGCUUGGGUCUGACGGUCGUGGGGUACAUCCUGCCCCUGGUGGUCCUCUUCUGGAGCUCUCAGAAGAUCGCCUCCAUGCUGAAGACUCAGGGGGAGGCCUUCCAGCAGCGGGUAACCUCAUUCAGGAGGCCACUGCGUGUAGUGAGGGCAGCGGCAUACAUGUUCCUGCUCCUCUACUUGCCAUACCACAUCAUGAGGAACAUACGCAUCCUUACACAACUGCCGGUGGGCAGAAUAUCCAAGUGCUCCAUCGUGAAUAUCAAGGCAGUGUACAUCGUUACAAGGCCGAUGGCUUACGCACACAGCGUCAUCAACCCCAUCUUUUACUUCUUGAUGACAGAACGUUUCCGUGAGCAGCUCCUGGCCAUGGGUCAGCAGAUGAGAACUAGACUCACUGGCUUCUGCUGCAAAACAUAAUGAAUGGACAAGACAACGUCUUUGGAUCACAUACCAUAUAGGGCUUAUUCGCAAACACUGCCAUGGCCAUAUUGUUGGCAUGACCUUCGCUUGCAAUGCGUAGAUUCGAGCUGAGCUAAGCAGAGCACAGUAGUGUAAUGGCUUUAUCUCCUCAAUAUCUAGAGAAGAAACAGCUCUGGAAAAAAAGAGUCCACUGCACAUUUAUCUGAUGUCAUCCUAGAGUUGUUGAUUUCAUUUUGAAUAUGACCAUAAACUCAUUUGAAUGUCACUCAGCAACCAUCGGAUGACAUCAGACAAAUGUGCAGUGGUCUGCAAAAACUGCUUAUCUAAUGAAAUCUAAUCAAGUGUUACUGUAAAAACGUUGGCUAACAUUGCCUAUGUAAAGGAUGUAAAGGGAAAAUCUUGAAAUUAAGUCAGAUCUCGCAUCAGAUCUCGGAUGUUUUUGACGGAAGUAGCUACUUGCCAUUUACUUCCGUCAAAACACGCGAGAUCUGUGUUGUAGGGAUUUAAUUUCAAGAUGCCGCCGACCGGCAAACGACUCAAGGUAUUGUCUGUA